AUGUUGCUGCUCGAAGAUUUCUUUGAUUCUGCAUUGGUGAUUUGCAAAUGCAGUAUUGAAGGAAAGAAAGAGCUAGUGGAUUUCUUUUUGCCUGAGCUAGGGCACCUAGURACAGAGGCAAAUCUUUGCUGCGCUCUGCAUCUGGAGGCCUURAGGACCCUCAACUCUAUACUUGACAGUCUCCCACGGGAGGAGAGAAAGAAGUUCCCUCUAUCUGAGGAGAUGUGCUCGCUCACGAAAGACCUUGCAAAAACUAUACUGGAGGUUGGUGAUUAUGACCUUCAAGUUGCCCUUUCAGAAGCACUUUGUAGAUUAAUGAUGAAAAAAUGGAGAGAUGACCUUGUUCACCACUGGUUUGAAGAUAAUUAUCUUGCUGAAGCUUUCAAAGAGAUCAAGGAUCGAGAAUUUGAGACGGACUGCAGAAAAUUUCUUAACCUACUAAAUAAAAGGCUUGGAGAUAAAAGAAGAGUCUAUUCAUUUCCUUGCAUAUCUGCUUUUGCUGACAUGAACGAGGUGAAGAAACCAUCGGAUGAGAAGCUGGAGGAGUUCUGGAUUGACUUCAACACURGCAGCCAGAGUGUGACUUUCUACGUGGACUGCAAUGAGGGAACUCUUUGGGACUCUGUGAGGUUGUCAAAAGAAGCUGUCAACAGUUACAGUGUGAAGGAGAAGGAUAGACAAAAGAUUGUAAAAUUUUUUAUGAAUAUACCCACUACUGUUAACAAAACAGAAGUAACAAAAGUCAAACUGGUUUUCAGUGCUGAGUUUGAAAUCUUAAGUAUACUUAGAAAAGUCCUGGGAGAUGAAAAAAUUAUGACAGUUGAGUCUGAAGAGGAGACAGUCCAUGCUGAGAAGCAAACCAUGCGGAAUGAAGCAGAGAUACCUGUGUCCUCUAAUGYACAGAGGAGGAAAAAUCCUUCAAACUCUGAAAAUGUGGAGACUCAAAAAGACAGUUUAACCCCUCAGCCAAGACAGCAGUUAACAGGCACCGUAACAAAAAUGGCUAACUCUGGUGYUGCCGUGGUUACAGUGAGCCAGCAGACUGACCUGGAAGAUGCAAACCAAGAAAAAAAGUCCAAAACUCCAUCUCCAAGGAUGAAUGCUAAGCCUAGUGAGAUGCCCYUAGAAGAAGAACCUAUGGAUGAGUCAGCACCAAAGAAUGCUACCGCGAAAAAGAGAAACAGGAAAACAAGUUUGGCCAAGAAGGGGGCUGGAGGCAGGAAGGAACUCUAUGACUUUGAAAACUCAGACUCCUCAAGUCAUGAAAAGGUUGCUGAAGCUAAAGGAAAGAUUCUUGGCCAGAACAUUUCUUCAAAAAUUCAGAGGACUUAYGAAACAAGAAGCAAGAGCAAGGGAUCAAACAGCCUUGACAARAGGCAGCCCAGUUACAGGAAACAUCUUUUCUCUGAAAGCAACAAUGAGAAUACAAGCACUGGUCAGAGUGAAAAAAGCUGGAUCCUUGACUCUCAGAUACAGUUGGUGCCAAAAUCUGUUGACUAUACCCGAAAAAGACCCAGAGUGAGAAGUAAAUUAAAAGUGCUUCCAGUGUCUUCUGCAAGCAGUGGCAGUGACUACGAGUCAAAGAAGCAGGGAGAAUCAAGGCAAAGAGCUCAAAAGGAGAUGCUAAAGGAAAAAAACACAUUUAGCUCCAAGGGAGAUGAUUUACCCACUGUGGAUCUUGCUGAUGAAACRCUCUCAGAGGAGCCUGGAGGGAGUCCAYUGCUGCUUGGUGCAUCUGCCAGGASCUAUUCCAGCCAAGUGCAGAAGGCCACCCAGAAGUUUCACAGUACACCUAGCAAAUCAAGAGAAGAAGAAAGUGCCAAGCGGAAGGACUCAGAGAUAUUAAGCAACACUAUCAUAAAAAAGCCUAAAUUUUCCAGUUUGGAGAAAAAUCCCUUGCCUGCAGAGACUAGCCAUACAUCAAAGAAAAUUUUUGAUUCAGUGAAAGAAGAAGCAGAGAUCCAAAAAGGUCAGGAAAUGGAUAGCACAGAUGACGUGUUUUUUGCCAAGAUGCUACACGAAGAUUUGAGUGAUUCAGGAGUGAUUGCUGCCUUUGAAAGCUUUCUUGGCCAAUUGAAGAAAUUGUUCUGGUCCCGGUACAAAAGGAUGGAGAUCAACACACAGAAUGCCCUGAGGUCUUCAGAGAAGAACUUCUCUACCCUGCUGGACCAGAUACACAAGUGCAGGCUGAAUAAAUUUGAGACCUUCCAGAAGAUUGUUGUUGAAGAGCUUGCCAACCUUGAGAAGGAAACUCAAAUUCUGGCAAGCAUGGAGAAAGAUGCACUGGAUUUCUGGAAUGCACAGCUGCUUAAACUGAAUACUUUCUGCAACGAGCAAAAGCAAAGAAUUGAGUCUGUUGACUCAGGCCUGGGUGAAACAGCAAAGAGUUUUGCUGAUGCUAUACAGAAUACMACGCAUGAGCAUCCCAUGAAGAAGGAAAAAGAAAACAAUGUAUUUAUUGUUCCUUCUGACUAGCAACCCCCUGAAUUCAUUAUUGCUCAUAGCAUUUGAGCACCUUGUGUACAGCAUAGAGAAGAUACUUCUGUGAAGGAUGUUAGUCUGUUUUAAAUGAAAAGAAAAAAGAGGAGGAAAAAGCAUCGAUGUUGAGCUUUUUUGCCUAAAAAGAAUAUAUAGCACUAAGUGGUCCAAUUGUGACCCCUGUAUUGAUAACAAGUUUUUUUGAAAA